GCACAAACCACUAAAAAAUCCCAAGAGAAAAGAGAGACCUUGAUUCUUAGUUUGCUUCUUAUCGAUUCCAUAGAUCCAUAGAUAGAUCGAUCGAUCGAUCGAAGAUCUCUCUCCUUUGGCAGAGCUAGAAAGGAAAGAAGGAAUGCUUCCUCCAUCCGUGUCCAAGACGCUAUCCUUCCUCCGGGCGAUGACGAGCCCGAGUACCUUCUUCCGGGGCCAGGUGGGCGAUGGGCGAGAGCAGCGGCUCCUCGAGCACGUAGUCGCAGAGGCCGAGCCAGGGAAUCCCAAAUCCGUGCUGGAUGUAAUCGAUCGCUACACCGCAUCCAAGGGGACGUGGUUCAUGAACAUCGGCGACGACAAAGGCCCCAUUCUCGACUCGGUUGUGGAGCGCUCCAAUCCCCGGCUCGCGCUGGAGCUGGGUGCUUACUGCGGCUACUCGGCAGUGAGAAUCGCGUCGCGGAUGAAAGAUCCAAAUGGGCUGCUGAUCAGCAUUGAGAUGAAUCCCCAGAACGUCCAGAUCGCGAGGAAAAUGGUGGAGAUUGCAGGUCUGUCUGAUAGGGUCCGCGUUCUCGAGGGCACGCUCGAGAGUUGCCUUGCGGAGCUCAAAUCGAUCAUCCGCGACGAGCUCCAGCUGAGCGCCAUCGAUCUGGUCUUCAUCGAUCACAACAAGAACGUCUAUCUCAAGGAUUAUCUCCAGCUCAAGGAAGAGGGGCUGCUCAAGAGUGGCAGCGUAAUCGUGGCGGACAAUAUGGGCUUCCCUGGAUCGCCCAGCUUCUGGCGAUACCUCAAGAAGAACGCGCAGGAGCUCCACACCGUGGAGCACCGCUGCAAAUUCGAGUACAUUGGCUGGAUCUCCGACAUUGUCACGGUUUCUACUUGCGUGUAAGAGAACCAGCGCUCUUAAAAGACGUGUCCUUUCCACCUG